GCUGUUGGGAUGAAGCUUUGCAGCCUUGCAGUCCUUGUACCCAUUGUUCUCUUCUGUGAGCACCAUGUCUUCGCAUUUCAGAGCGGCCAGGUUCUAGCUGCUCUUCCUAGAACCUCUAGGCAAGUUCAAGCUCUACAGAAUCUUACUACAACAUAUGAGAUUGUUCUCUGGCAGCCGGUAACAGCUGACCUUAUUGCGAAGAAAAAACAAGUCCAUUUUUUUGUAAAUGCAUCUGAUGUCGACAGUGUGAAAGCCCAUUUAAAUGUGAGCGGAAUUCCAUGCAGUGUCUUGCUGGCAGAUGUGGAAGAUCUUAUUCAACAGCAGAUUUCCAAUGACACAGUCAGCCCCCGAGCCUCCGCAUCGUACUAUGAACAGUAUCACUCACUCAAUGAAAUCUAUUCUUGGAUAGAAUUUAUAACUGAGAGGCAUCCUGAUAUGCUUACAAAAAUCCACAUUGGAUCCUCAUUUGAGAAGUACCCACUCUAUGUUUUAAAGGUUUCUGGAAAAGAACAAACAGCCAAAAAUGCCAUAUGGAUUGACUGUGGAAUCCAUGCCAGAGAAUGGAUCUCUCCUGCUUUCUGCUUGUGGUUCAUAGGCCAUAUAACUCAAUUCUAUGGGACAAUAGGGGAAUAUGCCAAUCUCCUGAGGCUUGUGGAUUUCUAUGUUAUGCCGGUGGUUAAUGUGGAUGGUUAUGACUACUCAUGGAAAAAGAAUCGAAUGUGGAGAAAGAACCGUUCUUUCUAUGCGAACAAUCAUUGCGUCGGAACAGACCUGAAUAGGAACUUUGCUUCCAAACACUGGUGUGAGGAAGGUGCAUCCAGUUCCUCAUGCUCGGAAACCUACUGUGGACUUUAUCCUGAGUCAGAACCAGAAGUGAAGGCAGUGGCUAGUUUCUUGAGAAGAAAUAUCAACCACAUUAAAGCAUACAUCAGCAUGCAUUCAUACUCCCAGCGUAUAGUGUUUCCAUAUUCCUAUACACGAAGCAAAAGCAAAGACCAUGAGGAACUGUCUCUAGUAGCCAGUGAAGCAGUUCGUGCUAUUGAGAAAACUAGUAAAAAUACCAGGUAUACACAUGGCCAUGGCUCAGAAACCUUAUACCUAGCUCCUGGAGGUGGGGACGAUUGGAUCUAUGAUUUGGGCAUCAAAUAUUCGUUUACAAUUGAACUUCGAGAUACGGGCACAUAUGGAUUCUUGCUGCCGGAGCGUUACAUCAAACCCACCUGCAGAGAAGCUUUUGCCGCUGUCUCUAAAAUAGCUUGGCAUGUCAUUAGGAAUGUUUAAUGCCCCUGAUUUUAUCAUUCUGCUUCAGUAUUUUAAUGUACUGAUUCCAACAAGACCAAAUCAUUGUAUCAGAUUAUUUUUAAGUUUUAUCCGUAGUUUUGACAAAAGAUUUUCCUAUUCCUUGGUUUUGUCAGAGAACCUAAUAAGUGCUACUUUGCC